UCUGACGUGAUGACGCACCCGAGAGAACCAGGAAGCGCUCAGCCUUUGUUUUUGUCCGUCUGCAGUGCUCUCAUUUUCCACAAGAACCGUGUCGUUUCCGCGGGCCCAAAUGGCGACGUUUAUUUCUGUCCCGUUGAAGAAGUCCUCGGAGGUUGACCUUGUUAAACCGUUGUCAAAAUUUGUCACGGCCACGUAUCCUCCGGGUGAGGAGCAGGCGGAGUAUUUGCGCGCCGUGGACGAGCUCAACAAGCUCCGGAAAAGUGCUCUGGGGAGGCCGCUGGACAAACACGAGAGCUCGCUGGAGAUCCUGCUGCGAUAUUAUGAUCAGCUCUGUGCAAUCGAACCCAAAUUUCCCUUUCCAGAGUUAUGUCUAACAUUCACAUGGAAAGAUGCUUUUGAUAAAGGAUCUCUUUUUGGAGGCUCGGUCAAGCUUGCAUUGGCGAGUCUGGGCUAUGAGAAGACGUGUGUGUUGUUUAAUGUGGGCGCUCUGGCCAGUCAGAUCGCUUCCGAGCAGAAUCUCGACAAUGAUGAGGGACUCAAAACUGCCGCCAAGUUCUACCAGCUGGCGAGUGGAGCGUUUGCUCAUAUAAAGGACACCGUUCUGUCUGCCCUGAAUCGAGAGCCCACCAUGGACAUCUCUCCCGAAACAGUGGGCACGCUCAGUCAGAUCAUGCUCAGUCAGGCUCAGGAGGUCUUCGUUCUCAAGGCCACUUCUGACAAGAUGAAGGACGCCAUUGUCGCUAAGCUUGCCAACCAGGCGGCAGAUUAUUACGGAGAUGCUUUUAAGCAAUGCCAAUACAAAGAGAAUCUGCCUAAGUAUUUUUAUUUCCAGGACGUGCUUCCGGUCCUUGCCGCCAAGCACUGCAUGAUGCAGGCCACCGCCGAGAUGCACCAGUCAGCCCUGGCCAAUCAGAAGAAAAAGUUCGGGGAGGAGAUCGCCCGGCUGCAGCACGCACAAGAGCUGGUGAAGACGGCGGCUUCUCGAUACGACGAGUAUGUUAAUGUGAAGGAUCUGUCAGAUAAGAUCAACAGAGCGCUUACAGCUGCAAAGAAAGACAAUGACUUCAUUUACCAUGACCGCGUACCGGAGGUCAAAGACCUGGAGCACAUCGGCAAAGCAUCUCUGGUCAAAGCAACUGCAGUUCAGACACCACUCAGCCAGAAGUUCACAGAUCUGUUUGAGAAGAUGGUGCCGAUGGCGGUGCAGCAGUCUGUGAGUGCAGCCAAUUCCAGAAAGGCAGAAACAGUCAACAGACUCAUCGGCAGCAUGAGAGAGGCAACCAAUCUCUGCAACGGGGUGUUGGCAUCCUUGAACCUGCCGGCUGCUCUUGAAGAUCUGUCAGGAGACGCAGUUCCUCAAUCCAUCUUGGAGAAAAGCCGUGCUCUCAUCCAGCAGGGCGGCCUUCAGAGCAUCGAGCAGCUGAUUAAAGAUCUUCCAGAGCUCCUGCAGAGGAACCGAGAGAUCCUGGAUGAGUCCUUGAAGAUGUUAGAUGAUGAGGAAGCGACAGACAAUGAACUCCGAGGCAAAUUCAAUCAGCGCUGGAACAGAACUCCCUCUGGAGAUCUGUAUAAACCACUCAGAGCAGAGGGAAAUAAUUUUCGCAAUAUAUUGGACAAGGCGGUGCAGGCCGAUCAGGUGGUGAGAGAGCGUUACACGGCACAUUGUGAGAUGAUUGCUUUGCUCUGCAAGCCAGAGAAUGAGCUCAGUGCUGCCAUACCGUCUGCCAACCCUGCCAAGACUCUGCAGGGCAGCGAGGUGGUAAAUGUGUUGAGGUCUCAGCUGGCGCAACUGGAUGAGGUCAAGAGGGAACGAGAAGUUCUGGAAGGAGAGGUGAAGUCAGUGACCUUUGACCUGACGGCAAAGUUUCUUACAGCACUGGCUCAAGAUGGCGCCAUCAAUGAGGAGGUCAUGACCAGCAGUGAGCUUGACGCUCGAUACGGCUCACACAAUCAACGCGUUCAACAGAACUUACGCAGACAGGAAGAGCUGCUGUCACAGAUACAGGUUUCUCACCAGGAGUUUUCAGCACUAAAGCAGUCCAACUCUGAGGCUAAUACCAGGGAGGACGUGUUGAAGAAACUGGCCUCCGCCCACGACAGCUACAUCGAGAUCAGCUCCAAUAUCAAAGAAGGCACUAAAUUCUACAAUGAUCUGACAGAAAUCCUGCUGAAGUUUCAAAAUAAGUGCAGCGACAUUGUCUUCGCUCGCAAAACUGAGAGAGAUGAACUGCUCAAGGAGCUGCAGCAGAGUAUUGCUCGAGAGCCAAGCGCUCCUUCAUUCAGCGUCCCGUCAUACCAGUCCAACACCCCUGCCCCUGCAGGAGGCCCGACCCCUGCGCCCAGGACUGUGUUUUCACAGCAGCAGCCUCAGGCUAAGCCCCAGCCGCCGGCGAGACCCCCACCCCCCAGCAUCGCUCCUCAGGCAGCCAGUGCUGCCGUUCCAGUCAGCGCCCCAAUGGCUCCCGGCAGCUCUAAUCCUCCACCUGUUGCACCCACUGGACCCUCACAGGCUCAAGGGCCACCAUACCCCAGUUAUCAAGGCUACCCAGGGUAUUACCAGAUGCCAAUGGCCUAUAAUCCCUAUGCAUACGGGCAGUAUAAUAUGCCCUACAUGCCCUAUCAAGCUCAGGGCCAGGCUGGAUACCCUGGAGCCCCUGCAACACAGCAACCCUACCCCUACCCUCAACAACCACCCCAACAACAGCCCUAUUACCCCCAACAGUAGAGCAACAACCUCCGCGACUACAGCCACACUCAUUCCUGUAAACUAGCACUCUUCUUACUGCACUUAUCUAUUAACACUCCUGCACUCACACGCACUCGAUCUCUACUUAACAUCCCAUUGGAUCUGGGCGGGGUUUAAGACACAAGCCACACCUUUUAUACAGUAGGGCGGAGUUUAGAAUGUAAGCCACACCCUUUAAAUAGGAGGGCAGUUUAGAAUGCAAGCACUGCGUCUUCUAUGGGAGGGUGGGGUUUAGAUCUUAAACCACACCCCUUGUAUAGGAGGGCGGAGUUUAGAAUGCUAGCUCUGCCUCUUGUUUGGGGGCGGGUUUAGACAAUAAAUCACACCCCUUGUAUAGAAAGGCGGGGUUUAGAAUACGAACUCUGCCUAUUGUAUAAGAAGGAGGGGUUUAUAACAUAAACCACACCCCUUGUAUAGGAGGGCGGAGUUUAGAAUGCCAAUUCUGCCUCUUGUUUGGGAGGUCGAGGUUUAGAACAUAUACCACACCUCUUUUAUAGAAGGGCAGAGUUUAGAAUACAAGCUCCGCCUCUUGUAUGUAAGGGCGGGGUUUAGACUUAUAACAAACCACACCUCUUUUAUAGGAUGGGGGAGAUUAGAAUAUAAGGUCUGCCUCUUGUAUGUAAGGGCGGGGUUUAGAACAAACCACACCUCUUUUAAAGGAGGGUGGAGAUUAGAAUACAAGCUCUGCCUCUUGUAUGGAAGGGCGGGGUUUAGAACAAACCACACCUCUUUAAUUGGAAGACGGGGUUUAAAAGUUCAGCCUCUUGUAUGAGGGCCGGGUUUAGAACAAACCACACCUCUUGUAUCGGGUGGUGUAGUUUAGAACAUAAGCCACACCCCUUGUAAAUCAGGGUGGGUUUCAGAAUACAAGCUCUGCCUCUUGUAUGGGAGGGCGGAGUUUGGAACAUAAACCACAGCCCUUGUAUAGGAGGGUGGGGUUAGAAUUCAAGCUCUGCUUUUUGUAAUGGGUGGGUGGAGAUUAGAACACUUGCCCUUUGUGUAAAUGGGCGGGGUUUGUAAUAAGCUCCGCCCUAAUAUGAGUGCACUUUCAAGCUGAAGGUUUAUAUUGCAGGUGUGCUUGUGGAGGGAAGAUCUGAUCUUUGUUUGCUCUCUAUCUGUUUCUGUCUCUCUCUUUAGCCCAAAGUGAAGCUGCUGGCUGCCUGCCGCUGCGUAUAUCUUAUUUUUGUAAUGAAUACUGACAUGUAAUCUAAUGCUAGAGCUGUUGAUUUCUUACCUGAUGAUGAUCAUUUAAAUGCUGGGAGAAUUGCGGCGGUUGUGUCCUACUGUAACCCUCGUUGUACAAUUAUACCUCCUUCUGUUCGGUCUACAAUCAUCGCCUCGGGGAAAAGGAGCAGUUAUAGAGUAUGGAUUUGUCACUAAAAUAAUUCCUUUUUGUUUCUGUUGUUUUCAUGUGAUUAAAAUCUGUCUGAUAUUAACGA